AGUUCACAGUGACCAGACGGACGUCAUUUCACUGCUCAGUUCAUUUGAAAUCUCUUAAACGGUGAACAUUUUUUUAAGGUUUAUUGGUGUCGUUUAUCUGCUUAACUGAAUUGUAUUUCAUCGUAGAAGAUAUAGGAUUGAGUACUUUCUUCUGCGUAGUGCAACCGAGUAUGUGGCGCUGUGAGCUGCUGUGUGGGCUGCUGCUCUUGGCAUCAGUGCCAUCCCGGGCCAAGUUAGGGACCUUUUGGCAUGUGAGUGACUUCCACCUCGACGUGAAUUAUACAGCUGGAGAUGGUGACGUAACGAAGAUGUGUUGGAAGAAAGCAGGGGGUUACACCGGCGCUCAACCAGGGAUAUUCGGCGACUACGCAUGCGACGCUCCACUUAAGCUGGUGGAGUCGGCGGUGGAUGCGAUGAAGAGGAUCCACCCGAAUCCGGAUUUCAUCAUGUGGACUGGAGACGACACAGCACAUGUAGACGACAAGUAUUUUUCAACAGAUAAAGUCGUCGAUAUUAUUAGCUCACUCACUGACGUCUUGAAAAGUAAAUUUCCAAAUGCUGAUGUUUUGCCGGUUUUGGGCAAUCAUGACUAUUAUCCCAAGAACCAGGUUCCACCGGAAGAAAAUGAGUUGCAGACCAAAGUUGCCGACCUGUGGAAAACUUGGCUAGCUAACGAUUAUGAAGAAUUUAAGUCUGGUGGCAGAUAUUACCGCGACAUACCCACCACCAACGUGAGUGUCGUGGCCCUGAAUACCCUUAUUUGGUACAAGAGCAACCGGGUCACGCCAGGAAGUGACAAUGACCCCGCCCAGCAGUUUGAGUGGGUUGACAAAAUCUUGACUGAUCUUGCUGGAAGAAAACGGAAGGUGUACAUUAUGGGCCACAUCCCGCCGGGCACGUUCGAGAGGUACCAGCAGAAGAAGGAAGGAUUUCAUUGGUACCAAGAGAGAUUUAAUAAGAAGUAUAUUGAGAUGGUGCAGAAGCACGCCAACGUCAUCCAAGCACAGUUCUUCGCCCACCACCACACUGAUUCCUUCAGGUUAUUCUUCGACGCGGCAGACGCAGCUCGCCCCGUCUCCUACAUGCUCCUAGUGCCAGGUGUCACUCCUUGGCGCUCUUCUCUCUCCGAGGAAACCGGUGCCAACAACCCUGGCAUCAGACUUGUGACUUAUGACACAGUCACUGGCGUGGUAAAAGAGAUAUCAACGUACUACCUGGACUUAACCCAAGCCAACAGUAACAACAAAGCAGACUGGAAACUGGAAUACAAUUUCACCAAAAAUUACCACUUGAAGGCCAUCAACCCCACGACACUUUACAACCUCACGAAGACGAUGAAGACCAACAGGACCCUCUUCGACCGUUACUAUAGUGCCAACACCGUGAGUUUAGAGAAGCCCGAAAUCUGCCAGGAACAGUGCCAACGCCUUCACUGGUGUUCCAUCACUGAGGUCGACUACGAGAGGUUUUCUCAGUGUAACGCAGCUUCGUCGACGUCUGCUUGGGCCGCUGGUACACUGGCUGCUGUUGGGGUUCUUAUACUGAGGUCGUGGUAGGCUGGUUUGUGUGAUGGGGAAGGAGGGAAUACUGUGGUGUUUUUGGGAGGUCUAGUGGAGAGGGUGUGUAGGGUUGAUUGUAUGUAGGUGAUGAUUCUGUCUGUCUGUCUGUGUCUGUCUGUCUGUCUGUCUCUCUCUCUCUCUCUCUCUCUCAUUCUCUUUGUCUGGGUCUGUCUAUCUGUUUCUCUUUUUUUCUUUGUCUGUCUGUCUGGUACUGUUUCUCUCUGUCUUUGUCUGUCCGUCUCUCUCUCUCUCUCUCUCCCUCUCUCUCUCUCUCUCUCUCUCUCUCUCUC